CCUAUCUUGAAAGUGAUGCAUUUUUAAAGGGUUUGUUCUUUUUGGUCAUUUACCGAGUGGGUUCUGUCGUUUUUUGCUGCUGCUUUGUGUAUGUGUCUUGCUGAGGAAACAUGCUGCGUAUGAGGGCGGCUGUCUGCCAGUUUUGGAGGGGGUUCAAAACCUUCCCUUGUGCAGCUGUGGAGGUGAAGAAUGAACCAAUCUUAGACUUCAAAGAGGGGAGUGCAGAAAGAAAAGAGCUCCUGGAGGCCUUAAACAACCUGAAGGGGAAGACCGAUGAGGUUCCAUGUGUGGUUGGAGAUGAACAUGUGUGGACUAAAGACAUCAGAUACCAGUUAUCUCCAUUCAAUCACUCGCAUAAAGUGGCAAAGUUCUGCUAUGCUGAAAAGGAAAUGAUCAAUAAAGCUAUCUUGGCAUCUGUGGCAGCGCGGAAAGAGUGGGACUUGAAGCCUGUUCAGGAAAGAGCUCAGAUUCUCUUCAAAGCAGCUGAUGUGAUCAGCGGAUCAAAAAGAGCAGAGAUCUUAGCAAAGACCAUGAUUGGGCAGGGUAAAACUGUGGUGCAGGCUGAGAUCGAUGCUGCCGCAGAGCUGAUUGACUUUUUUCGGUUCAAUGCCAAACAUGCCCUCGACUUGCAGAAACAGCAGCCGAUGGAUGGCGAGGGCAGCACAAACACCGCGCUCUACCGCGGGCUGGAGGGUUUUGUAGCAGCUAUUUCUCCUUUUAACUUCACUGCGAUUGGAGGAAAUCUGGCAGGUACCCCAGCUCUGAUGGGUAAUGUGGUCCUGUGGAAACCGAGUGAUGCUGCCAUGUCUGCAAGCUACACAGUCUACAAAAUCCUACGGGAGUGUGGUACCCCAAACAUCAUCCAGUUUUUGCCAGCCGAUGGGCCGGUGUUUGGAGAUACCGUCACUGCGUCUGAGCACCUCGCAGGCAUCAACUUCACAGGCAGCGUCCCGACCUUUAAGCGUCUUUGGAAGCAGGUCGCCCAAAACCUGGACACCUACCGGGUGUUUCCUCGGUUAGCAGGAGAGUGCGGUGGGAAAAACUUCCACUUUGUGCACAAAUCUGCUGAUAUGAAGAAUGUGGUGAUGGGGACGAUUCGCUCGGCGUUUGAGUACGGAGGUCAGAAGUGCUCAGCCUGCUCCAGGAUGUACGUACCAGAUACCGCGUGGCCUCUGAUCAAACAGGAACUUCUGGCCAUUCACAAAGAAAUCAAACUGGGAGAUCCCGUGAAUGACUUUAGCACAUUCUUCUCAGCAGUCAUUGAUGACAAGUCAUUUGGACGCAUAAAGAAGUGGCUUGAACAUGCCAGAUCCUCUCCCAAUUUACAAAUCAUCGCCGGGGGUAACUGCGACGAUAAGAAAGGCUACUUUGUGGAGCCAACCAUCAUUGAGACCAAAGACCCACAGGACUCUAUCAUGAAUGAGGAAAUUUUUGGACCCAUUUUGACGGUUUAUGUGUAUCCUGAGAGCAAGUUCAAAGACGUGCUACAUCUGAUCGACAACACGUCCCCGUAUGGACUGACAGGAGCAGUCUAUGCCCAAGACAAGAGUGUUAUUGACGAGGCCGCCAAAGUCCUGAGGCACUCUGCAGGAAACUACUAUAUCAAUGACAAAUCCACUGGCUCCAUUGUUGCUCAGCAACCAUUUGGUGGCAGCAGAGCUUCAGGUAAGGUUUCUUACGCCACAGAGUUUAAACCAGCAGGCUUUCUGCAUUUGUGGUUUGCAGCGUGUUUGAAAUGUUAUGUCAUGUGUUAA